CAAUUCCAGUAAGUAGGCGAGCUCUUCAGUUGAAAGACAGAUCAAAAGAACCAGUGAUCUAAGUGACGUUUGAGCCCCGACCAACCAGGAGGGCGGGUUACUCCGGGGAAGCUCUGGGAGGCGGGAAGAGGGGAAGUGGGCGGAUCUCCGCACACCCCGGCGGAAGAGGCAGAUUCAGGAAGCCAUUACGCAGCUGGCUGGCAGCGGCCGGGCCGGUCGGGGCUGGGCCCUACGCACUUUGCGUAGCGAGGGGGGUUACCGAAGGCCUGGUGCUUGGCCUGGGGCAAGCCCGGCCUAUCCCCUGUAGGGGGGGUGGAUGAGGGGAGAGGUUCGGGAGGAAGAGACGGGGAAUUGGGGCGUUUGAAGGGAUUAUAAUUUCUUUAAAAAGGGGGGUGGGGAGAGGCCAUGGCCGUCCCAGCCAAGAAGAGGAAGAUGAACUUCUCUGAACGAGAGGUGGAGAUCAUCGUGGAGGAGCUGGAACUGAAGAAGCACCUGCUGGUGAACCACUUCAAUGCUGGGGUCCCUCUGGCUGCCAAGAGUGCCGCCUGGCACGGCAUCUUGAGAAGGGUCAACGCUGUGGCCACCUGCCGCAGGGAGUUGCCUGAGGUCAAGAAGAAGUGGUCUGACCUCAAGACCGAGGUCCGUCGCAAGGUUGCCCAGGUCCGGGCAGCAGUGGAGGGUGGCGAGGCCCCAGGGCCCACUGAGGAGGAUGGAGCAGGCGGGCCUGGGACAGGUGGUGGCAGUGGUGGCGGUGGCGCAGCCGUAGCCCCCGUCCUGCUCACCCCCAUGCAACAGCGCAUCUGCAACCUGCUGGGCGAGGCCACCAUCAUCAGCUUGCCCACUACCACAGAGAUUCACCCCGUGGCCCUCGGACCCACAGCCACUGCAGCUGCAGCCACGGUCACCCUGACACAGAUCCCCACGGAGACCACCUAUCACACGCUCGAGGAGGGAGUGGUAGAGUACUGCACGGCGGAGGCCCCUCCACCGCUGCCAGCCGAGGCCCCCGUGGAGAUGAUGGCCCAGCACGCUGACCCCUCGGUCAAACCCCAAGCGCUCAAGAGCCGCAUCGCCCUCAACUCGGCCAAGCUGAUCCAGGAGCAGCGGGUCACCAAUCUGCACGUGAAGGAGAUUGCGCAGCACCUGGAGCAGCAGAAUGACCUGCUGCAGAUGAUCCGCCGCUCCCAGGAGGUGCAGGCCUGCGCCCAGGAGCGCCAGGCCCAGGCCAUGGAGGGCACCCAGGCGGCCCUGAGCGUCCUCAUCCAGGUCCUCCGGCCCAUGAUCAAAGAUUUCCGCCGCUACCUGCAGAGCAACACACCCAACCCCACGCCCCCCUCAGAGGCCGGACAGGUGGCUCAGAACGGGCAGCCCGACAGCAUCAUCCAGUGAGGGCAGGGGCUGCGACGACCUUCUGCUGUGAUUGGAUGGCACCACUGUGGUCUUGGAAGUGGGUUUUGUGACUGGCCUUAGGCCAUGUGGCCAGCCCUCUCUUGGAUGGCCCGCUAGGGGUCCACUGUUUCUGAGAAGUGUAGGAGAUUGGGAAGAACUUGUUGGGCUUCUGGGACCCAAACUGUUCUUUUACCCCCACCCCCCGCCCCUGGAGCUGCCUGGCGAAGAGCCUGAAGCUUGGGUAGGUGGGGGUUGGGCACCGGUGAUUCUACACUUGGUGUCACAUGCCAAGGCUUGCGACAUGAGCCACUCUGUCUAGAAUGCCUGGAAGGGAGGUUCUCACUGGGAGCUAUCUCACAGCUGGGGAUGGGGGGGGGUCCUGUGCUGAAAGGCUCCCCCACCCCACAGUGUCAUCAAUGUGAUAAUGUCCGUGGAGGGGGUAGUGGCCCAGUAUCUUCUUCCUGCCUUGGGAGGCAGAGUCACUGGGCCUGAGCAGGAAGCUCCACCCCUUUUUUCCUUCCCACUGUGCCUCCGUUCUCAGGGGACUCCAUCUGUGCUCUCUCCAACCCCCACACCUCUCCGGGCCUAGCAGGGGGCCCUCGCUGUUCC